CUCUGUUCAGUGGAUUCAGUACAGCGACUUGAAUAGUUGAUCUUCAGUGGUUCUUUGGCCGUGACUUGUAUAGCAUUCAGGAUUCUUAUUUUGUGAUAUUGAAAGGACAUCCGGAACAGAAAAUGGAGCUUAGGGUGGCCCUAGUCAGUCUCCUUGUUGUUCUUCUCGUUUCCGACAUUAUCGAAGCAAAGAAAAGCGGUGGAGGAAGUCGAAGAGGAACUGGAAGUGGAUGGGGAUUCAAAUCCAGAACAACAUCCAGGCCUCAAAUUUCUCAAAGCCGACCAACACAAACAAACCAAGGAGCGAGUGAAGCUCAAAAAGGACAAGAUUACAGAGACUGGGCAGGCAAAUUAACCGGAGCCGGUCAUGAUCAACCUCCAAAAUUAGGUGGAAGUUCUGUUCAGAACCAAAACCAUCGAGGAUCACAACCAGGAGCGGUAGGAUGGAAUGUUCCAAGCAAUAAUAAACCUUCAGCUCCAGAGUAUACUGCUUCGAAGACAUCUGCAACUCAUACACAGUCAGGAAAUCCCUACGCCCAGCAACCCAGUUCUAAUCCCUAUAAUCCAUCUGGAGGAUACCACAAUCCUUCGGGAGGAUACAACCCAUCGGGAGGAUACAACCCAUCAGGUGGAUACAAUGCACCAAAUUCGGGAGGAUAUAACCCAUCGGGCGCGUACCAUCCACCAGCAUCAGGAGGAUACGGCCAAUCUAGCGCUCACUAUCCUCAAACACACGGAAGUCCCUACAACCAACCACACCAACAGCCUUAUCAGCCUUAUCAGCCACCCCAUGGAGGGUACAACAAUCCAUCAGGAGGCUAUAAUCCAUCAGUUGGACAACCUGUUAUAAUUCAAGCUGCAGGCCAGCCCUACAAGCCAGGCAUUGGACAAAUUGCCAAGGAAGCUUUCGUCUUCGCUGGUGUAAGUGCUGGAGUCAAUGCUGCUGUGAAUAGAAUUCUUCCCGGGGGAAUUUAUGGCAACUCUCAUGGAAGCAGUGGUGGUGGUGGUAAUGUCAGCCCAAGUGGAGUUGUUCCCACUUCAAACACCCAGAUCACCUACAACAAUUAUUACAACGGAACAGCACCAGUAGCUGCACCUGAUGGUGCUGCACCUGCUGCAGCUCCAGCCCAGGAAGCUCCUCAACCUGUUACACCUCUUGCAAGUGGACCAGGAGCUCAGACCCCAGCAGCUGGUACAAGUGCGCCAGUUGCAAACAGUAAUCCAAGUCCAGCUCCUGCUGCUGAUGCUUCAGGAUCUUCAACACAAAAUUCGAAGUCCCAAGACCCUGGACAAAAUAAUCCUAGUCCGUUGGGAUUCAUCAUAUCUAAUGAUGAUAUCCAGAAAUUGACGGAAGACCUUUUCAAGAAGGAGACGCACAAUGCUAAUAAGCACAUUACGGUGAACUUGCAAGGACAGAAGAAGGAUGAUAGCACUACUGAUGAUGCACCUGAACCUCUCUUAACCGUGAAGCCAGAAGCCUACGAAAUCCCAACAAUAAAAUCCGUUCUUGCCCUCCACGACAAUUACGAGUUGAACGUCAAGACUAAAGAAGAUGUGACACCAGAGGAACGGAAAGAAGAGUCGGAUUUACUCGACGAGUUCCUGAAAUCCGAAGUUCUUCUGGGCGCGAUGAGGUUUUUGGCAGAGAAAGGAUACAUUCCUAACGAUGAAUAUGAAUUCAAAGACACCCUGAAACGAAUCUGGUUCUCUCAGUUCAAGAGAAUCGACGGAGAUGCUUCCAGUUCUGGAUUCGAAACCGUCUUCUUAGCUGAACAAUUCGACUCGGAAAUCAUUGGCCUACAUAACUGGAUCUACUUUGCUAAACAAGAAGAGGCUAAUAAGAUCAAUUACCUGGGAUACAUCAAGGAACAGAAACUCGGAGAAAACGGUGCUAUUGUGAAACUACGAUCAUCCCUCAACGGCGUAAUACAUCCCGUAACCACCAUCUUCGUAGGAACUUCCCCAGAACUCGAAAUGGCUUUGUACACAAUUUGUUUCUACACAAGACCAAAUAAUGUAUGUCCAGUUUCUCUUGGAGGUUCCCAGUUCAUGAUAAUCGCCAACAGAGUAAAUUAUUUCGGAAAGGACAUUAUUGUUUCGGGCUAUCCCGAAAUUUAGAGCUCGCACCUCGAUAAUUUCGAUAAUUAUCUUUAAUUCGAUUAUUUUUUUAAAACCUAUUAUUCAUAUGCAUAAAAAGAUGCAAGUUUUGUAAGUGGAAAAGCUAAUUUUUGAAAGUAUAGACUUAUGGAGAAUUACUCAUUACGAGAACAAUACUCAUUUGAAACUGGUACUGAUGUAGAGAUACCACAAAUGGUAAUCUAAUAAGCACCUUGACCACGUCUUAUAGUAAAAUCAUAGACUCAUAUUUAAUUUUAUCAUAUUUUAUAAGAGUAGAUACGCAAGAAGCGAGGUUUUGAUAAUGUCAUAUUCAGCCGAUUUAUGAAUUAUAAUUGUAUAUGCAAAAGUGCAUUUGAAUAAAAAGAUGAACAAGAAAA